AUGAAUCUCGAGGCUGUUGUUGAGACAAUGUACAGCGGAGCCUUGCUGGAUCCACGCAUCAAGUUCUUCUUUGAUCUUCCCAAAGACAGAGUUGAGCAAAUAAAGGAGAGGAUGUGUACAUUCCUUUCGAUGAUAACAGGAGCUCCUGAAGUCAAAUACGACGUGAAGGCGCUGAAGGAAAUCCAUCGCGGUAUCAAUAUCACGGAUUACCAUUUCGAUGCAUUGAUGGAAAAUAUGAAAGUUGCCUGCGAGCUUAUGGAGAUCGACAACACGGUAAGGGUGGACUUCCUCGAAUGUGUCUCUCAUGUCCGGGGAAUUAUCACAGCAGGCUGCACUGUCCGACUAGAGUUGGCCAAGAGACGUACAGAGAUAGGCGGCACUGAGGGUCUGUUCAAGCAGCUCGGUGGUGAGGAGGGUAUCGCGAAGGCCGUACAGCGACUCUACGAGUGA